CUAUACUUAAAACGUGCAAGCCUCCCAGACUAACACCUAAUGCUGUGCCAACAAUAUUCAACUUAGGUCCAGAUUCACACCUCCAAUUAAAACGGUUCUUGAAGGUACAAUUCAAGAUAGUGCGCUGUGCUGCGCAUUGGGUCCUACAAGCCGUCAGGAUAAAGACAUACAAGACGUAGCUUCGCCAGAUUCAUCAAUCACUCUGCACCAGGAAGUUAAAGCAAGUAGUAGCAGCAUGUGUGAUUCAUUUGCUUUUACUUUGCAAGAAAACCCCCAGCAGACUACUUUGCCACAUUCCAUGUGGACAUUUAUUAAAAAAGAAGAAAUUCUUACCUAUUUUGAAGUUGUUUUGAAACAAGACAUACAAGUCAUAGAAAAGCAAGUGGCGAUAAAGAAGUGAAACCGAUAGUGAUAAUAAAUAGUAAGAAAACUGACAUAACAGGAAAUAUCAAAAAUUUUGAAGAAUUGGCUACUUUCUUGAAAGACGUGAAUAGUUAUGAAGCAUGUCCUGGUUCAGGGAAAGAAGUGGAAAGGUGCAAAGGAUACUACGCUAAGCCAGAUCUUGAUCAGACAAAAAAUGUAAAAAGAUGUAAAUAUUGUGCUGCGAAGAGACAAUCAGAUAUUAGGUUAGAAAGAAGGCGAAGAGUAAAAAGGAUAGCAUUCAGGAAACAAACAAAAAAAUUGCGAUACGAAAAAAGAACGUUAACUAAAAAGGUCAAAAAACUAGAGGGAGUAUUAGAAGCCAUACAAAAGAAGUAUGAUGAUAUUAACGAAUCACAAAUUGAAGUGAUCGUUAAGAAAUUGCCUUCACGCCAACAGGAAGCAGUCAAAGUUUGCAUUUCUGCAGCGCAAGCCAAAACACCUAAUGGCCGGCGAUAUACUCAGCAGUGGGUGUACGAGUGUACAUUGUUAAAAAUAAAAUCUCCAGCGCUCUACCGAAAAAUGAUAAGAGAUCAGACACUUCCCUUGCCCUCAACAAGAACAUUACAAAGAUACAUGAAAAACUAAAACCAUCAUUUGGUUUCCUUCCUGGAAUCUUUGAGCUAUUAAAACAGAAAUGUAAAGUGAUGGAAAUCGAUUAACGACAUGGUUGCCUCAUUUUUGAUGAAAUCAGUUUGUGUUCUGCACUAAAUUUUAACAAAAAUACACUGAAGAUUGAUGGGUUUGUAAAUCUUGGAAAUUAUACUCCAGAAGAAUUGACUGAUCAGCCAGGCGACCAUGCGCUCGUCUUUAUGUUCAAACCGUGGAAAAAGACAUGGUUUCAAACAAUAGCGGCAUUUCUAGGAAAGGGUGCAUUGAAGGGACCACUUCUAGUAAAACUUGCUCUAGAGGCAACAUGUUUACUAGAACAAUGUGAUCUUCAUGUUGACAUGUGGGUGUGUGAUGGAGCUCCUUGGAACAGGAAUAUGUGGGCGGAGGUAGGCCUAAGCAACCCCUUUAGUCAAAGAAAAACAAAACAGGAGGGUAUGAACAUGAUCGCUAAUAAAGGUCGAACAAGCUUUCAACAUCCUUGUGAUGAAGAUAGAAGAAUCUAUAUGUGUUCAGAUUUUCCACACUUAAUUAAGUCAUUGAAAAGCAGAAUAUUUCCAAACGAAAAAGGACUGGUUAAAGAUCUUGUAACUCCUGACGGAAUAGUCAAAUUUUCGCAUUGGGUAGCACUUUAUGAGGCAGAUAAUGUCAGAGGUAAACCUAUUCAACGAUGUCACAAGCUAUCACGAGACCACCUAUAUCUCCCCAAUUAUCAAAAAAUGAAUGUAGGCAUGGCAUUCGGUUUUUUUAGCAAAACUGUUGCUGAUGCGAUGGAAGCGUAUCAGGAGGAGGGAUAUCCGAAUUUGGAAGACAGCGCCCCAACUAUAGCCUUCAUUCGUAGAAUUAAUACUCUAAUAGAUGCUAUGAACGCAAAUACUCCAUGGAAUAGCAUCAGACCGGGGGAAAGUGUUACGUAUGAAGCUGAUGCGUGCGAAAGUAAAGAUGAGGACACUGUGCACAAAUUUGAAACGAAAAAGUGUGCAAGAAAGGUUAUAAACGAGUUUCUGGACUCUUUAGUGGAGAUGUCUGAAAUGCCCGUACCGCAGCACGCGAAGCUAGCUCAUCAAACCCAAUAUGGUCUUUAUGUGACUCUCUGCAGUGCAUUGGAAGUGGCAGAUUAUCUUAUUAAUUGUUGUAAAGCGUAAACUUUACUUUAGUUCAAUAGAAUUAUUUUAACCAGCUGUUAGGCAACAAUAUGUUCAUUUGCCACAGAAUGGUAGUAUACAGUGUUAACCAAAACUGCCUGUAUUGUAUUAUCAUUGGGCGCGUUCAGGGACGGUCAGCAGCUGACGGCUGAUGCUUAGAUGGCUAACAAGUUGCUAAGGUUAGCCACCCAUGUUCCCUGAAUGACACACUUAAGCUGAGUGCCACUUGCAUUUGAGGUUAUGUUAUAAAAUAUAAAUUUUUUAACAUGAUCGAACCAAAUAUUGUGGAUUUCUUAUUCAACGACGAUGUAAACUUCUGGCAAAGCAAGAAAGCUUCUUGGCUGUCGGGGACAGAUUUAAUCUGUCGAGUGGAUCAGGCCACUAUAUUUUUAUGAAUUUUAUUUCUGCGGUGGGUCAUUUAACGCACCAAUUUAUUGAGUGGCCAAAU